AUGUUUUUCUGUCCAAUUUGUGAAAAUUCAUUAAAACUUAAAUCAAAUUCAUUAAAGUGUUGUGUUUGUGAACAUGAAAGUAAAAUUAAUCAAACAUUAAGUUUUAAAGAAUCAUUUAAUGUUAAAAUAAACGAUGGUAUUUUGAAAGAUGAAAGUGAAUAUGGUAACAAAUGUGAUGUUGAAUGUCCUAAAUGUAAUUACAACAGGGCUUUAUUUAAAGAAAUUCAGACAAGAUCAGCUGAUGAACCAAUGACUAUAUUCUAUAGAUGUCUUAAGUGCUCAUAUAACUGGAAAGUUUAA